AUGGUGGAUCACCUGCCGCUUGGCGAGGAGACCUUCCUGUAUUAUUCCUGUUCUCCGGGGUCUGACUACAACUGCGACUCCCACCGCACAAAUGGUGGCGUUUUGCCGGGCAUCAUGGUAACUGACGCGUGCACCUACCAGCAUCAUCCCUACCAAGGGGUGACGCUCUCCUCCUCGCGUUGCCUCUCCGAGGACGACCUCAGUGACUCCUCUAGCCCUCGUUCCUCCCUCUGCUCCAGCCCUGAGUCCUCGUCGCCCGCUUCACAGAACGUCUUCUGCUCCAGCUAUGAAAGCCGGAGCAGCUGGAGCAGUGGUUGUUCCAGCUCAUCGGGAGGAGAAAGUCAGGAGAGCCUGUUGGACCUCCUGCUUUCACAGGCCUCCCUCACCACCUCAUUAAGCCUCAACGGCGGUAAUAGCAGCUCAGUUUCCUCGCUCUCCUCAUCUUCUCUUUGUGUCACCUGCCCAGCCUCCUCUACCUCCAUGUCUCCCACGGCCCCUUUCAUGCCCAUGGGUUUGGCGUGGGAGCCCAAGAGGGAGCAUCGGCAGAACGUCCCCCUGCAGCAGCCCAAAGAGGACUGUUUCGAGUUCCCGGUCUUCCUUGAUGAGCUGCAGGACCCUGAAGCGCUCCUUUUUCAGCCAACUCUUGAAGAGAUCGAGGAGUUCCUUGAAGAGAACAUGGUGGUUGCAAUGAAGCAAGAAGAGAAUGAGCCAAUGUCACCUUCUAUGUCAAUGGCUGAAAUGGAGGCUUCAAGGACACUAGCAGGAAAACUUGAACCAGGAUUACAGAACUCAGAUCAGACUGUGCCUGUGGCUCUUUCUCCAAGUUCCUCCUAUUCAGAGACCAAAUAUUCGCCCCAAGCAUCAGACAGUGACAGCUUAUCAAUGAUAGAGGAUGCUACUAGCAGUGUAACUACUUCUUCCAACUGUCUCGCUGAUGAGAUCAAGCAGGAAGAUUGUGGACCGUUGUCAGCUUUGUCAGAAAGUGCCACCAUUUCGUCAAGUGUGCCUGUAAUUCUUCAACUCCAGCCCAUACAGGUCAAACAGGAACCAAGCCCCAGUGCCAUAGAUUCUGUGUCCCCAAACACCCAUUCCCAACCAACUGAAGCCACAUCACAGAUAAAAAUUGCGCAGCUCCUGGUCAACAUCCAGGGGCAGACCUUUGCGUUGGUGCCUCAGCUGCUUUCACCUGCAGCAAACUUAAGCAAAACAGGAGGUGCCACUUCCUCCAAGUUUGUCCGAAUUGCACCUGUGCCAAUCGCAGCUAAACCCAUCGGGCUUGUGGAAGGCGGUUUAGGUGGGGGAACUUCAGCCACAGGGGUCCUCGCUGGCAGUCAGCGGUACCAGAAGAGCACAGUUGCAGACCUGAUCAAAAUGCACAAGUGCUCGUUCCCUGGCUGUAACAAGAUGUACACCAAGAGCAGUCACCUCAAAGCACACCUGAGGAGACACACGGGGGAGAAGCCGUUCGCCUGCACAUGGCCUGGCUGUGGAUGGAGGUUUUCCCGAUCUGAUGAGCUAUCCAGACACCGCCGCUCCCACUCUGGAGUGAAACCAUACCAGUGCAUCGUCUGCGAGAAGAAGUUUGCCCGCAGCGAUCACCUGUCGAAACACCUCAAAGUCCAUCGCUUUCCACGAAGCAGCAGGACAGGACGCUCUGCAAACGGACCCCUUUGACCCCGCUCUGACUGAGUGACGCUAAACGGAGGACGACAGCGGGAGGGGGUGGGUGUUUGUGACGAAAGACAAAAAGGAUUGGAGGGGUGACAGUUCAAACACAAAAGACUCUGGAAAGGGCUCUUUAUCACUUGUGUGUGUUUAUGUCCAAGCGUGUGACGCACAUUUAUGGUACUGUGAUAAUUUAUUGGUGAUGAGGAAAAGACUGUAGAAACUAAAACAGGUAUCUGUUACUUGACGCAGCAAUCUCAAUGGUGGAAUAAGCUUUUUAUAUAUAUAUUGCAACUUUGUUCUCAAAUCUUUUAGCCAAUCUAUUGCAAAGACUCUAUUCAGAGUAUUUUUUACACUUUGAGGUGCAUUUUAUUACAAAAUAAAAGCUUCAUAUCUGUACAUUUUAUAGCACUGUGAGUUCUACAACUCUUAUAAAUGCCCCUUUUUAACUUUAUUUUUAAAAACUUUUCUGGAGCCAAUCAUUUUAAAAUUGCAUGCUAGCAAGAUCUUUAUUAAAUGAUUUUAAAGUAUACCCCUACCACCCCUAAAAAAAAUAGUAUUUUUGCAAAUGUAGGAAGCAAUAAGGGCUUCUUUCUUUUUCCAGAGAUGACAGAAUAAUAGAUACAUCAACAUUCCUUUAGUUUUGAAAAAGGCUUUUUGACGCCUUUGAGUCUCGUACGUAUAAAAAAAAACAAAAAAAAACUGCAAACACAAGAAUCCAGUUCAAGUUCCUGUUGAUUUACUGCUCUCCAUCGUAGAUCAAGAAGCCGUGUAAUUUUCACUGGCUCACAUGAAAUCUGUUGGUCGUCUGCACUUACUGAGAGUUACUCUGAGAGUUACUCUGAGAGUUACUCUGAGAGUUACUCUGAGAGUUACUCUGCUGAGCGCACGUUGAGCUGCUGUCAGACUUGGCUUUCGUUUUGGUUGAGUCUUUUUAUUUUGGGGUAAAAAAGCCAUAUUUCUAAUAAAAAAAUUAUUACAGUGCAUCUCCAACCAUU